ACUGAAGGAACUCAUACCAACGACAGCUCCUAUCUUUCUCCUCUACGCGGUAUUCAAGAUGGCCAACUUUUCCUACUCUUCAUUUGUCCGUCGAUCUUUUCUGCUGAAAGAAAAGACACUGCUCCUUAGUUAUGCUCGUCAUUUCAGUUGUACGGUAAAACGCAGAAAUCCUGAUAAUGAUUCAAAACCGGCAAGCUCACAUAGAGUACCAUCCUCAAUAUUUCAUGAUGAACUUGUGAGCAAGUUUGUCAACACAAUGAUGUAUGAUGGCAAAAAGUCAAUUUCACAAAGAAUAAUGCUCAAGACAUUUGAAUGCAUCAAGAAAAAACAACUUGUUUUAAAAUCAUCAACUAAAAAGACAGAGGAGAUUCAAACUGAUCCUGUGGCCAUAUUUCAUGCAGCAAUGUCAAAUGCAAAGCCUGUUGUUGGUGUGCAAUCCAUCAAGAAAGCAGGAAAAACUUAUCAGGUUCCUACGCCAUUGACACCCAGCCGACAAAGAUUUCUAGCAAUGAAAUGGCUCAUUGCUGCAGCGCGAGACAAACCAGCUUCUAGAAAUGCUAAAAUGUACGAGAAACUUUGUCAGGAGCUACUGAAUGCGUACAAUAACGAGGGAACUGUGGUGCAGAAAAAACGAGAUCUUCACAAACUAGCUGAGAACAACCGAGCUUUCGCAAACUUCCGAUGGUGGUAGGGACAAAGUUUUAGAAAUAGCAUAGUGGAAGAAAAAUCUGUGUAUUUUGUGAACCGUGGCCACUGGCCACCAACC